AUGAAGACUAAAGUCAUCGCUGGUUUUCCGAACGACGCGGUUGACAAAAUUGAAAUCCACAAGGGUGUCAGAAAGAUUUUCGAUCCGGAGUAUGAAGAUUCCGAGGAAGAAGAUGCUCCAAUCGGUGACGAAGAUAAUGGCUUGGUUCACAGGUACGCCCAACCUGACGGGUGGGAUUCAGAUGAGGCCAAUGACAACAGCGAAAUUGACAAUAAGACAGACGACGAUGCUGAUGAUGAUGAUGAGGAUGAGGCAUCCGAGGAAUCCGUCAUUAUCGUUGAAAGCACUCGGCCGACAAUGAAUUUGGUGCCAGCCGAUCCGGCAGAGGUCACCACGCUGAGACUCGCACCAUCACUGAUGAAACAGUCUCCGAAUUGA